AUGUACGCUGCCCAUGUCCUCCUUCUCGCUUCCCUCGCCGCGGCUUCGGUCAUGGUCCGGGAUACUACUCAAUCCAACAACAGUCCUGUAACUCCUCCGGACAACGUGGGGCCCCCAAAGCAAGGAAACGCCAACACCGGCCUCAAUCCGGACUACACUUACGUCGUCUUCAAGCGCGACGCAGAGGCGGCCAGUGGCGACGAUGUGUCCGACGUUAAGUACUAG